AUGAAUAUAAACUAUCCAGCUCUGUUAACAAACGAAGUAACCCUCGAACCAUAUUCACAAACAUUAGUAGAAGUCCAGACUCAGCUAACGAACGCAACCAACGUUAUCUUCGAGCCAAACGAUCAAUACAAUGUCCAACUCAUAUUUAUGCCAUGCACACUUCUGGAUAUUUCAAACAAUACAGCAAAAAUUCUAAUAACGAACGCCCAAAACAACCAACGAACUUUAUCAAAGCACACAAAAGUCGGAACAUUUCUUCGAGAACCCGAACUGAUCGCAUGUCUUACAUCAAUACAACCAGAAAGAAACGAACGACGAGAACCUCACACUACCAAAAUCAAGUCCACUAUGUCAAGCAACAAUUUACAAUGCGACGAAUGCAAAGAACAAUUCUUAUCAGGGAACGAUCUUCAAAAACAUCUUCGAGCAAAAUGUUAUUCCGAACAGAUUCGGCAACGAAUCGUAGAAUUUGUUAAACACAUCGAAGACACAAAUCAACGACGUAAACUAGAAGACAUCCUAUGGCGUAAUAAAAUUCUUUUCGAUCCAACACCAUCAAUAAUCAAUAUUCCUCCUCAAUCGGCCAUUAAAACAAUUGACCAUCCUCCCACCUAUUCAAAACAAUACCUCACUUCAGAAAACGAUCAACUCAUAAAACAGGAAGAAACAAGAAAACUUCUCCAACGAGGUCAAAUAGAAGAAUCAACGUCACCAUGGUCAUCUCCAGUAGUCUUGGUUAAGAAGAAGGACAAAACAGUUCGAUUCUGCAUCGAUUAUCGCCGUCUCAACACCAUUACAGUCAAGGACGCAUUCCCACUACCACGAAUCGACGAAAUUUUUGACCAAUUAACGCAUGCAGUUUAUUUCUCCAAAUUCGACUUCAAAUCUGGAUAUUUUCAGGUCCCUCUUGCAAAGGAGGACCGUCCAAAAACGGCUUUUUCUACAAGAGACAACCACUUCCAGUUUACUGUCCUUCCGCAAGGCAUCACCAACGGACCCGCAACAUUUCAACGAAUUAUUAAUCACGUAUUGGGACCAACACGGUGGCAAUACGCCUUAGCAUAUAUCGACGACGUAAUUAUCUACUCAAAAACAUUCAGCGACCAUUUAACACACCUGAAUGAAAUCUGUCAAUUACUGAAAGAUGCCAGAUUUCGCUUAAAUCCAGAGAAAUGCGAAAUCGCCCAACGACAAAUUGAAUAUCUCGGUCAUCAGGUCGGUGAUGGAAACAUUCGACCAUGUUCAAAAAACAUUAAUGGACUACUGAACACACGACUACCAGAAACGGCUGAUGAAGCAUGCAAAUUUGUGAAAGCAGCUGAAUACUAUCGCAAGUUUAUUCCAAAUUUUUCCGUUAUCGCUGAGCCUCUGCGAAAAUUUGUCCCAACUACACGAACGCAAGCAAAGAAAGGCCAGAAAACUUCAAUCGUACUGAACGAAUCAGAACAACAAGCAUUUAACCAACUAAAACAAAUAUUAACCAACGACCUUGUUCUUCGAAUACCAGAUAAUCAACGACCAUUCAAAGUACAAACAGAUGCUUCAGAUGAAGGAAUCGGUGCUGUAUUAUUACAGAUCUACCCCGAGGGAGAUCGUCCAGUGGCAUAUCUAUCGAAGAAAUUCACACCUGCACAACGAAAAUGGAGUCCAAUGGAACAAGAAUGUUAUGCUUUCAUUUGCGCAUUACAGAAAUGGCACAACUAUGUGAGUGGUGUUAAAUUUGUAUGGGAAACCGACCACAAAUCAUUGACACAAUUAAAUAAAAAAGCACAACUAAACAAACGUUGUGAAAGAUGGCGAUUGAAAAUUCUAGAAUUCGACUUUAAGGUGAAAUACAUUCCAGGGCCAACCAACGUUAUGCCAGACUACUUAUCGCGAUCUCCAGUGGAAGAAGCAGAAGAAGAACCAGAUGAGAUAGUACCAACAUCAACAAUAGGAACGCAAACGGACGAUAAUCAAGUCUGCAAUGAACACGUAUUUAUAGCAGCAGUCCAAACACGAUCGAUGAAACGAUCCGAAGGAUCUACCAACAAAAAUCAUCAAGAAAACGAUGUCAAAACAACAGAUUCUCAUCCGCAUAAAUUGGAAGAGAAUCGUAUAAUCGCAUUCACCAUCGACCAACUGAAAGAAGACCAACAGAAAGAUGAAACCGUCAUCAAAAUUUGCAAGAAUAUUAACAAUCAGAACGAUUACACUAUCAUUGACGAUAUUUUAAUGUAUCGAUCUGAUCCACCAGUUCCUUAUGUACCGGAAGGAGACAUUCGAAUCAGUAUCAUGAAAAUAUAUCAUGACUCACCAGCAAAUGGAGCCCACUUCGGCAGAGACAAAACCCUGCACAAGAUUAAACAACGUUACUUUUGGCCAUCAAUGACGAAAGACAUUACAAACCACGUAAAAAGCUGUUUACUCUGUGCCAAAUUUAAUCCUCGUCGUCGAAAACCACCGGGUGCAUUACAACCACUUCAACCACCAAACGGCGUUUGGCAACUGCUAUCGAUAGACUUCCACGGACCACUAGCACCCAUAUCACAACGUGGUAAUCGUUACAUCAUUUGUGCCACCGAUGUACUAUCAAAAUUUACCGUGACUAAGGCUGUACGCGAUUGUUCUGCCCAAACAGCAGCACGAUUCAUCAAAGAAGAUAUAAUCUGCAAGUUCGGUACUCCACAAUGCAUACUAACGGAUAACGGCACUCACUUUACAGCUUCGUUAACCACCGAACUGUUGAAACAACUCGGCAUUACUCAUCUUUAUGCGACCCCAUAUCAUCACCAAACGAAUGGUCAAGUGGAAAGAUAUAAUUCCACCAUGGAUGCAAAGAUCGCAAUUCUUUCAAACGAACGAAAAACGAACUGGGAUGAUCAACUGCCAUUCAUAACAUUCAAUUAUAACUCAACGAUUCAUGCCAGUACCAAUCAAGUACCCUUCGAAACAAUGUAUGGACGACGACCCGUCCUCCCCUUCGAUCAACAAAGUGACAACGUCUCACUGACAUAUGAUAGUAUGCAUACAAAACAACUCGAAAACUACCUUUCAACAAUGGCAGAAUUAGCAAAAGAAAACAUCAACAAUAAUCAGCAACGAUACAAACAACAAUACGAUUACAAUCGAACAAACCCAACGUACAAUACUGGAGAACUCGUCCUAAUUAAAACAUUAAACCAUCACUCAAAAUUUGACCCAAAAUUCGAAGGACCCUUCAGGAUUACCCGCAAAUUAGGACCAAAGACAUUUAUUGUCCAACAUACCAAAAAGCUAACCCUUACCAGGCAAGUAACAGUCGAUGUUAUGUUGCCAAUCUUCGAACGAAAUUAUUAA